AUGGGGAUCGGCGGGCUCGAUGAGGAGCUUUUCAACAUCUUCCGACGCACCUUUGCCUCGCGAAGAUACUCAACGGCCACCCUCAAGCGAUUCGGAAUCAAGCAUGUGAAAGGCAUUCUGCUCUAUGGCCGCCGGGAACGGAACAUCCGGAAGCUGUUCGCUGAGGCGCGUGCGGACGAGAAGAAGCUGGGGGAUAAGAGUCCCCUCCACAUCAUCGUGUUCGACGAGAUCGACGCAAUCUGCAAGCAGAGGGGCGCCAACGGCGGCGUGGGCGCGCAGGUGAGCGACCAGGUGGUCAACCAGCUGCUGACCAACAUCGACGGCGUGGAGGCGCUCAACAACAUCGUGGUCAUCGGCAUGACCAACCGGAAGGACCUGCUCGACGAAGCCAUACUCAGGCCGGCAGAUAGAGGACUGGCGAGAUUGACGAAGAAUUUCACUGGAGCCGAGAUAGAAGCCUUGGACUUCUUGAAGGCGCUGCAGGAGGUAAGGCCGCAGUUCGGAGUGGAUGAGGAGAAGUUCGGAGCUUACUUCAGGGAAAAAGUGAUCAACUACGGGCCCAGCUUCGAUCGCAUCAUGAGCAGCCUCCAAGAGACGGCUCUGUUCGGCGAAUCGGUCGGCAAUCCCAAACGCAGCGUCCUCCUCCACGGUCGCCCAGGCACCGGCAAGACCCUUCUCGGCAUCAACUUCUGCAGGCUAGCCAACUUCACCUAUCUCAAGAUCAUUUCUCCUGAAAACUUGGUGGGCAUGACCGAGGGCGAGAAGAUUCGCAACAUCUCCAAGGUGUUCGAGGACGCCUACAGGACCACCUCUGCAUGCGUGCUCAUCGACGACCUGGAAAGACUCAUCGAAUUUUCACCCAUCGGACGCAGGUUUAGCAACGCAGUCCUGCAGACGCUUCUUCUAUUGCUUUAG